UUUAAUUAGUUUUUGGUUAUCCUGAUCCUGUACCGUUCUCGAAGCCGUACAUCUUCUUCCAUCGCCACCGCCAGCCACGGCGGUUACACAGAAACAUGCCACGUGUAAUCAGUCAGUCUACGUCAUGCUCAAACAACCGCCAUGUAAUGGCUAUAUAUUCCAUCCAUUAUUUUAACUUAGAAUUUUCUUUUUCUUUUUCUUUUUAAGUUCUCUCUAAUUAUUCUAGAGAUGGCCAAUCGAUACCUGAAGAGGUUUCUACAUGAAUUAUAUUGCAACAGAAGUUUGAUUAAGAAGCAAGAGAAGUACAAAAGAUUAGUGUAUGGAGUUUUGAUUAAUAGGUGUCAGUCACAAAUUUCAAGACCUGAUAAGGAAGUAAACAAUGCACCUCAAGUUGAGAGGAAUAGUAAUAAAAACUCUAGUUCUGAGAUUGGAAAAUACACUUCUUCGUCCGACGACGAUGAUACGAGAGAUAGUAAGUGGAAAUUAGAGCUGGAUUGGCUUACCAAAGCUCUUGAACCGGCUCUUCAAUUAUGGAAUGGACUUGGAAAUAAAGCCCCUCCUGGUGGUCGAUCUCUUAUGGAGAUCAUUGCGAGUAUUCAGCGGAGCAAGAGUGGAAUUGAGGGGUGGAGCUUGAGCGAUCUUACAAUCGGUCUUUAUCUUAUUUAUCUUCGUCAAUCGUCGUUAAAUCCCUUUGACGAUUUUAAGGGAGUGCAAAUUGCUUCAGAAUUAGUAGUCCAGGAUCUCAUCUACCACAUUGAGUUAGCAAAAGGUUGCUACAAGGAAAAUGCUUUUUGGCUUGCAAGGAACAGCAUGCUUCGUGAAAGCAAUGUUCUUAAAUUUGUAAAAGAUUCCAGUGUGAUGAGGCCUGGUUAUUACAUAGGAGUUGAUCCUCGCAAGAAACUCAUAAUCCUGGGGAUUCGUGGAACUCAUACAGUAUAUGACCUUAUUACAGACAUAGUAACUUCAAGUGAUGGAGAGGUCACAUUUGAGGGAUUUUCAACCCACUUUGGCACAGCUGAAGCUGCUCGUUGGUUUCUUAAUCAUGAGAUGGGAACAAUAAGGAAUUACUUAAAACAAUAUGAGGGAUUUAGGUUAAGGUUAGUGGGUCACUCUCUUGGAGCUGCUACAGCUUCUUUGCUGGCAAUCAUGCUACGUAAGAGGUCAACUGAGCAACUUGGAGUUAGCCCUGACAUCAUUUCUGCUGUUGGAUUUGCAACUCCUCCAUGCGUCUCCAAGGAACUUGCUGAGAGUUGUGGCGAUUUCGUAACAACUGUAGUGAUGCAGGAUGAUAUAGUACCUAGAUUAAGUACACCUGCUCUUGGAAGGCUGAGGAAUGAAAUUCUUCAAACUGAUUGGUUAAGUGUCAUCGAGAAGGAGGAUUGGAGAAGUGUUAUUGGUUUAGUCACAAAUGCAAAGCAGGUUGUGUCUUCUGUGCAAGAUGUAGCUCGGAAACUUGCAGAUUAUACAAAGUUCAGGAAUCCUCCUGGUCUUCCAAUCAGUGAGAAACCACGGGCUUCUCCGGAUGUUUCGAUUUCCGAAAGAACAGUGGACAAUCAUAUUGUCCUCAAACAGGAUGAAGCUCCCUGUACGGUACCAGAAGAAUUGUUUGUUCCAGGUACAGUUUACUAUCUUAAGAGGAAUAUCGAUACUCGUUGCGCCAGAAAUGGCGGAGGGGCUGAAUUUUUCACCCUCUGGAAAAGAAAUGCAGGUGAACAUUUUCAGAGAAUAGUGCUCUCAAGCAAUGUAAUUUCUGAUCACAAAUGUGACAGCCAUUACUAUGCUCUUCGAGAUGUACUAAAAGCUCUGCCCGGGAGUGAUGAAGAGGGAGUUUUGUAGGUGAAAAUAAAUCCGAUCAUCUUGUCAAUUUUUUUUGAUAUGAUGAUGAUGGAAAUAUCUGUACAUGUCGAUUUUUGAUUUUAUAAUAAUAUAAUGAAGCAAUUUGAGAAUUUUAAGCAGAAA